AUGAGUGCUCAGGCAGCUGCGGUGACUGGAAAAAUCGCGAAGGUCAUAAGUAGCCUAACAUCAAGUUCUUCCAUCAAAUCCCACAACCGUCUCCUUAGCUCAAUUGGGAGAGCGCCAGACUGA